UGACGUGCCUGCUGGCAGCCAUUUUGAAGACAGCUAUAGCACACGCCGCAACUCGACGGAGCCAACCGUUCCUAGUUGGGCCGUUUCUCUUUUUUUUCCCCCCCUCUAACUCACCAAAGGAUAACGUACGAACAUGUCAACGGACCACUUUCAAACGAAGUACGCCUCCUUCAUGGAGGUUCUGGUGAAAAGUACUAUUACGGAAACCACCAAACUUUUCGAAACGGUGGUUGACGAAUUAAAGGCAGAAAUAUCAAAGCUGAAGGCGGAGAACGAGGCCCUCAAACGUACAAACAGACAAAAGGCGGAAGCGAGAAGCUUUGCGAUCACUGUUCCCGGCCAAAGAAGCCGUUCGACGAUGCACGAUUCAGCAGUUCAGUGUGACCUCGGCCAACUUUUUCUACUGGUGGAACCAGUGGGACAAAUCCUAAAUGACCAAGGCAAAGAGUGUAAUGAAGAGGAAACGGUGUACCUUCUGCUCAACGACGAUGGCGCUGCUGCAAAAGAAGGAAAUCCCAGCCGCAAGACAGUUUCGCUUUCAAACCACAAGGAUUCUGAAGCCGUAUUGUGCGCAGUCGCAGAUCCACCAGCAGCAUCUGCUCGUGGAAAUGAAACCAACGGCCCUGAGAUGGAUCGGCAAUGUUUAAAUGAAGAGCUCAGAAGAAGCCAUGGCACUCAAAUGACCAAAGUUUACCCUGGUCCGGAGGUGGAUCACAGUUCACGUGCGCUACAGAAAGACUCAAUGGAGGGAGUAAAUGAUCUUAACUUAGUUGCUACAACAAAAGACAAAAUGGAAGUCGUAGCCAACACUGGACAAAUAUUAGCUGGGUUGGGGAGCCGAGAGUCGGAGGAGUUUCAAAAGAAGCUACCGUCAUUGGGGGAACAAAACACUCUGUUGGACCAACCGCCGGAAGAAGAGCAAAUCAGAUGUUUGACGGAAGAUAAAACCAAGUGCGACGCACAAGAGCAAGUCAACCAAAACAGAAGAAAAAGAAAACAGCCCUCAGACAAAGUGAAACACCUGCCAAAGUUCCCGACGGAAACACUUUUGCUACCUUCGGCUGGCGCCGCAUCGCACGACGGAGUGGAGAAUUCAUCUCUUAGUCCCACAGCUUCGUCACCUCCUCCCGGGGUACGUGAGAGCUCUGCGAUGCUGCAGGAUGCCAUGCUACUGGUUGAAGCCAUGGAUCAGUCAAAGAAUCGGACCCCCACAGGAGAAAACCGAGACCAGCGCACUCUCGAUGGAAGCGACGAGGGCGCGCGAGAGGAGCCCGCAAACCAAACACUUUGUGACACUUGCCCAACAGAAUCCAGCGAUUGCCAAUCUCCCACGAGCGUUCGUAGCCGCCAGCCAAAACUUGCUUCCUCUGACGUCACGCUAACGUCGACCGAUACAGCAAGCAAGUCGCCCGAGCAGUGCUCGCCGGGCGUACUGACGGAAGCGGUCGAGAUAACGGCGGGCUCGGGGCUGGUCCCCAAAAAGAUUUUUGUUUUUUCCAAAUCGCCCUCCACUCAUCCACAAGGUACAAUCGCCCCGCUGUCCCCGAAUCAGAUUUCAGCUGUCGUGUCCACAGUCGCCGCCGCCAAAAACAAGCCGCCAUCGGAAAGUUCUCAAAGAAAAGAUGACGGCAACUCUACGACGGCCGCUCCCCUCGUCACGUCGAAACCAACAAGCGGCUCAACGGAAAAAAGCUCUGCCUCGACAGUGUGCAAAAAAAUUACAAUUAUAAUCCGGAGAGCUGCAGAUGUCGCCGCGAGCCCGCCGCAACUGUCCGAGGCACAAGUUGCACCUACUAACCAAAAUCCGGUCGAACCUGUCGUCGUGAUGUCAUCGCCCCAAAACGCGGGUGUUCCAGUUACUUUAGAUGACAAGGAAACGCCGUCGCUGAGCGAUCAGACGUCCUAUUUCUUCUCCCGCUUGCCAUCUCCGCAACCGUCAGAGCCGACGAGCGUUUGCAAAAGUCCGGAAAAAACUCCCGCGGAACAAUCGCCAGCCUCGCCGUUGUCGCAACCGACAGACGUUGGCGAAAAUUUAGAACAAAUGGCAACAUUGUCCUCUGAGGGCGCGACGAUAAACUGCCCCUCGCCAUCGCCGCAACCGGAACCUUCGUCACAGCCGACCGGCAUUUACGAAAGUUCACAACGACCUGCCGGGGAAGAGUCGGCCGCAUCAUCAUCAGCAGCGGCAACGGCGAGCGGACCUUCCGAGAGUCUUCCGCUCGUUCCUGUAAUCAGCUUGAAAAAGUUGUCCGAUCUCGAAGUAUCCACUGGAUCAGUUUUGCUUUCACAAUUGCUUCCUCACCAAAGGGAAUCUGAAGUUGUCCCGCCGGACAGCAGCGAGCAGGCGUCGCAAACGCCAAUCUGUCCAUCGGCCUCAUCAACAGCAGUUGCCGAAACUUCAAACGUCUCCGAGACGUUGCCGUGCUCGACUUUGAAAGAGGCACCAGACUUGGAGAAAACAAUCGUGGACUUUAACACGGUUGAUUUUCCAACUGUAUGUGACCGAUUGUGUCAAAGUUUGUGUCUGGAUGAGGACGUCGUCACCGCUGCAAAAUUCCCCGUCAUCCUCAAGGACAGAUGUGAUCCUCAUUUGCAAAUGAGCAAAACUCAGUUCCUCGCACAGUUGUCCGUGACACCUGUCAUCCAAAACGCCCAGAAGAUGUUGACCAGUGAGUCUGCAGAUGCCCAAGGUUCCUGUGAAGAGACCAGCACAGACCACAGGACUAAACCACAGAGGAUGUCCUUUUUGGCCCGUCUGGGAAUUCACCUGAGAACACGCUCGCAAGCUAAAGGAGCAGAAACAAAUCCACAGCCACUUCGAGAAAAAAUGUACAGCGCCAAGAAGCCAAGAUUGGAGAAUGUUAGUACAAAUGAACAGGGGUCUAGCCAUGAGCCUAUUCCUGGGCCAGAAAGGGACUUUUGUCAAGUAAGUCCAGAUAUCAAUUACCCUCACAGUCUGACUACAUUUGAGCCCGUGUCUGUCAUCCCCCGCAAACCCAUCGUCAAUUUGUGUAGGUUAGCGCUUAAAGAUGCUACGGACGGCGUAGCAAUUGUCGAAAGAAACCUAAGGCCAACAACAAAACACGCAUUGGACAGCCUAAAAUCGGGACAUACUAUUGAAUGCGAUUCAAUAAAUUCCAUCGCUGAAAAUUCUGCAAGUAAACCAUCCGAAUCAGGUCCACGUUCAAAUUCGACUACGGCUGACCUAACGACGGCUAAAUUAGCCCUGCUUCGUGAUUGUACGUCCAAUCACGUUGUCUCUGGAGAUUCUUCUCUGAGUCCCGGGUCAGCUUUGCCUCAAGACGAACCUGGUGCGAGACACCCCGCUGCCAUCACGACAGAGCCCAGCGCGAGUCGGGAUACGGAAAGCUCCAAAAAGUCGGGAGCCGCCACUAAAGCCAUCAGCGGCCCUCUGAUGAGCAAAUUCCCGGCCGAGAAUCGUAAGAGCUCCGUCGGUCCGACUGCUUGCGCUCUCAAUCCCAACGAUCCCAGACCCUCCACUUGCGACCCUCUCGGUGGUUGCGACUUCUCAAAAGGAGAAGAAACCUCAAAACUCGACGAGUCCAACUGGUCGCUGAGGAAAACCCCCCAAAUGCCCAAAUGGGUUCAAAGCGCUGGCGCUUCAAAUAAGACCGGGGAAAGCAUUGGCAACGAGCCGAGACUCAAUCUAAAAUCUCCCGUGCAAGAAAACAACACCAAGAUGCAGAAUAGCAAAGCAGCAAGAGCCAAGCACGUGCUGAAAGAUGCGCAAACCAAAGUGCAGAGAGCUAAGCAGCUCAUGAACCAUCGUAGCGGCGGCACCGCGGAAAACAAACCGCUUUGCCCUUCUCCCAAAGUGCGAGUUAGCAAAAGCGUGCACGUCAGAGGUCCGACCGUCGUGGCGCCCGCGCAGCCUCGAUCCGUCGUGGGUAAGAAGCUGCUGAAGAACCAGUGCGAGGAAUGCGGCCGUGUCCUUAGCAGCGGCGCUGCCCUGGAGAGCCACCUCAGUCUCCACACGGGUCACAGACCCUUCUGCUGCACGCACUGCGGGAAAAGCUUUCCCGACGCCAAGGGUCUCAAACGGCACGGCAUCGUCCAUCGCAACGGCCGGCUCCAUAUCUGCCAGCAGUGCGGCAAAGGCUUCGUCUACGGUUUUGGCCUCAACAAACAUCUCCAGAUGGUCCACGGCAAACAUAAGCCCUUUGUCUGCCAGCUCUGCAACAAGGCCUUCUUCACAAAGCGAGACGUGGAGAUCCACAUACGGACCCAUACGGGGGAGAAACCGUUCCACUGCCAUUUGUGCGAAAAGAGAUUUGUGAGGAGUGUGGAACUCAACGCGCACCUGAGGUGGCACAGUGGCGAGAAACGCCACUGGUGUCCCUAUUGCGGCAAAGGAUUUUUCGACCAGAACAACCUGAAGAGACACAAGUACAUCCAUACGGGAGAGAAACCGCAUUCUUGCCCUUAUUGCCCCAAACACUUUACACAGUCUGGACACUUGAAGAAGCAUGUUAAAAAUGUACAUAAAGUGCAAUGAGGGAGGGAGGGAGAGAGUGUCAACUUUUCUUUAUGUUUUGUUAAGUACAAAUGUCUCUUGUGUUUGGGUCCUAUAUGUAUUGUAACAAUGUGAAUAUCUGUCAAAUAAGCAAUGACGUUGUCUGUGUUGUCUCUUAAAUGUUUGCGUAAAAACGGACAAGUGUCAGCUGAUGAAUUGUACUUCAUGUGAAAUACUAUAAAAGAAUCAAAUCAACAAAUCUUUCCUAAAAUAUGCUCAUAGGAAAAUGCUUUUCUAUUGGGAAUAAUAAAUAUUCUCUCAACA